AUGCCUUUUCGAGAUUUGCUGAAGAAGAAAGAGAAGAUCGAGAACGAUGGCAGCGCAGGAGAUGCUCAGCAACAGGCUUUUGAGCCUCCACAGUUCAAGAUAAUGCGCAGCGACACUCAUACUGAAGAGAUCUUAAGUCCUCCAGGACCUUCGCCUAUAACUGAGCUGCCUCCCACCUCUCCACAAAAGUCGCCAGGCCGAUUUAGAGGAUCCUCGAAUGUGGGAGAGGAGGGUAAUGUGUCGCCAAAGAUACACAGAUCGCUUUCCGACAGAUUGCACCUGCACAAAGACAGGUCGCGCACUUCCACCGUGGGUUCUGCGAAUCUACCAUCCAAUCUUCCCGAUCUAUCAGGCACGUACAGAGACCAAGGCAACCAGGAAGAUAAGGAGGCACAAUGGGAGGAGCGCGCCACUAUCUUAGCUAACACAAGCAAGAGCCCAGUUUCAGGCCCAAGACCCGGCAUGCCAACAAAGAACAUAUCUCAAUUGAGCAUCGAUAACUCGACCGGCCGCCCACGAAGUAUAAGUGACGCUCAAAGCGAUGUGAGCAUCCAAGAAGCUAUCCGACUACACGAGGAAGGACGACUUACCGAAGCAACUCGGGCUUUCAAGCAACUGGCAGAUAGUGGAAACGUACUUUCCGAGGUCUUGUAUGGCCUCUCAUUGCGCCAUGGAUGGGGUUGUGAGAAGGACGAGGCAGGUGCCUUUACCUAUCUCUCUUCUGCUGCUUCGGAUUCGGCCGCUCUCGAAGCCGAAGCACUGAAAGCUGGUCUCAAGAAAGGUGGUGCCGCCAAGGGUGAAUUAGUCCUGGCUAUAUUCGAGCUCGGAAACUGCUACAGAUACGGCUGGGGAACUCCCAUUGACAAAGUGGCUGCAAGGCAAUAUUACGAAACAGCUGCAAAUCUGGGUGAUACCGACGCGAUGAACGAGGCAGCUUGGUGCUACUUAGAAGGGUUUGGUGGAAAGAAAGACAAGAUACGAGUUCCGAAACAUGAUCAGACCGAAAAAUAG